GUUAUUAUUAUUUUUUUUUUGUCCUGCGAAAGUCAUCUCUAGUUUAAGUGAUUUUCCUAUAACGUAACGGUUCUUUUAAAAAAGGAGUUUUCAAAUUUCGUUUUACAUAUAAUAACCUUAUAAUUGAUAAGCCUACGAGCAAAGUGAGAGAGUUAAAAGAUAAGUAAUAAAACCAAAGACUUAUCACAGUAUUCAGUAUCAUCCAAGGGGGACUGAAUUAAUCAAAAAAAUACAAACCAACAUUAAACUAAAAAGUGUGUUUGAGUGCGCGUGAAAACGUGAGAUUUUUUUUUUUUGGAUGAGUCAUUUUUAUGCAAAGCUUUACUUCUGGACGAAAGUUUGAGAACGUAAUUAAAGGCAAUUAGCAGAGCAGUUAACAGUUUUAUCAAAUAACAGAGAGCUUAAUAAAUAAUAACUUAAGAAAAAAAAAGAGAACAAAAGAAAUUAAGAGAAAAUUAAAAAUAAAAACUUCAUUCAUUUAUACCACAAGGAUUAAUAACGUACAAGUAAAGCUUAAUUUGUGCUUUUUACGGGAAGUGUGCAAUACGAGAAAUUUGAUAGAAAAGCUUGGAAACAGCUUAGUUUAGUUGAAAUAUUGAUAAUUAACUUAAGCACAUUGUUCAACGAAACCAAGUACAUGGAAAUCAUCAUUAUUGAGUAUCUAACGCCGCCAGCAACAAAGCGACGAAAUUUUGUGGAAAGAAGAAAAUCACCCACCAACAAUUGCUAUACAAAAAUGUUCACCCGCCAAAGUUUUGUGUUCUUAGUAUUAGCGGUUUUAUUAGAUGUAAUAAGCAGUGUUUAUACAGGACCAGUUUCUACCACCACACAAGCUGAGAUCUAUCUGUCACAGUUUGGUUAUUUACCCGCGUCUGCACGUAAUCCUUCGCUUGGAGGCCUUCUUGAUGCUAGUACCUGGACUAAAGCAGUACAAGAUUUUCAAAGUUUUGCCGGUUUAAAUGUGACUGGUGAACUGGAUGAAGAAACCAUGCAAUUGAUGUCUUUACCGCGAUGCGGUGUCAGAGAUAAAGUAGGUUUCGGUUCAGAUAAUCGUUCUAAACGUUAUGCCCUCCAAGGCAGCCGUUGGCGUGUUAAGGGUCUAACCUAUAAAAUUAGCAAAUAUCCAAAACGUUUGAAGAGGGCUGACGUAGAUGCUGAAAUUUUGCGAGCCUUUUCUGUCUGGAGUGAAUUUACAGAUUUAACAUUCACACCAAAAACGUCGGGACCCGUUCAUAUUGAGAUAAAAUUCGUUGAAAGCGAACAUGGUGAUGGUGAUGCUUUCGACGGUAUGGGCGGCACUUUAGCUCACGCUUUCUUCCCUGUUUUCGGUGGCGACGCACAUUUUGAUGAUGCUGAACUCUGGACGAUUGGUUCUCCACGUGGUACCAACCUCUUUCAGGUGGCUGCCCAUGAAUUUGGUCAUUCCUUAGGUUUAUCGCAUUCGGAUGUGCGUUCCGCCUUAAUGGCUCCGUUUUAUCGAGGCUUCGAACCAGUUUUCAAAUUGGAUUCCGAUGACGUGCUGGCCAUACAAGCUUUAUAUGGCAAAAGAAGCACACAGGGUGGCAAUGGCUUGAACCCCACCAGUGGCGGUGCUUAUCCCAAAACAACGCAGAAACCAAUAUUUUCGCCUCCAAAAACACCAAGAGACGAUCAAUUAUGUAGAGAUCCUAAAAUUGAUGCUCUCUUCAAUUCAGCAGAUGGUGAGACAUAUGCUUUCAAAGGUAACAAAUAUUAUCGGCUUACGGAGAAUUCAGUGGCCGAUGGUUAUCCUAAAUCUAUUUCGGACGGGUGGCCAGGCUUGCCAGGCGACAUUGAUGCUGCUUUCACUUAUAAAAAUGGUAAAACCUAUUUCUUCAAAGGCACCAAAUACUGGCGUUUUAAUGGGCGUUCGGUGGACGGGGAUUAUCCAAAGGAGAUCAGUGAAGGUUUUACCGGAGUACCAGAUCAUUUGGACGCUGCCAUGGUAUGGGGAGGUAAUGGCAAAAUUUACUUCUUUAAAGGCAGUAAAUUUUGGCGUUUCGAUCCUCUAAAGAGACCGCCAGUUAAAUCCAGUUACCCGAAACCUAUAUCAAAUUGGGAAGGUCUUCCAAAUAGUUUGGAUGCUGCCUUGCAAUAUACAAAUGGUUAUACAUACUUCUUCAAAGGUGACAAAUAUUAUCGUUUUAAUGAUAGAACGUUUGCGGUCGAUUAUGCUGAUCCUCCAUUUCCGCGACCUUCAGGUCACUGGUGGUUUGGCUGCAAGAAUACACCCUCAACAACAGGUAAUAUUAUGGAUAAUACUGAGGAAUCUAAUCUGCCUUCAUCAUAUAAUUAUGAUGAUCACGAUGACGCUUUGCUCUUCGAUGCAGAUGAGGAAAAUACUAGAGAUGUUGAUCGAGGUGUUAAUAAUGGCAAUUUUGUACCCGGCUGGAUGUGGAAUAUAGCGCGUUCGUGGUUUUAAAAUUAAAAACAAAAAGAAAAUAGUAACAAACGAACGAACACCUGAUAUAUACUUAGAUAUAUAUAUGUAUGUUAAAUUAAUUUAUAGCUAAGCAAGCACCAAUUAAGAAAAAUCUCUAAAAUGAAUGCGAAACCCUGCUGCUGCUCGUGUAACCAACCAAAACAAAUAAAAAGAAACGAAAAUUAUCUUACUUAUCAAUGCAAGCGAAUUUAGGCAAAAAAAACGAGAAACACAAAAAACGAUAGCAUCAUUUUUUUUUUUUUGUUUUGCUUUGCAUGUGUGUGUGCGUGUGUGUGUGCAAGUGUGCGUUGUUCUCUCGUCUGAACGACCGUAGCAGUCAUUGUACAUAUAUAUAUACAUACGUGCUAUCAUUGCUGCUUUUGCAUUAUUGUAAAUACGUAAUACGAAAUACAUAAAAUAAACUAUCGAAAAAAAAACAAAUUUUUUAAGCUGCCACCUCAAAUGUCAAUUUGCUCAACAGUGCGCACGAUACAACCUAUCUAUACAAUACGUAAAAAAAAAAA